GAUGAAAACGCACUGAUCAGUGCGUACUCAGUGCUGUUUCUUCAGCACUACCUGUGCCGCUAGUUUUCAAUACCUGGGUUCCCCUUCAAGUGUCCAUUUAAUUUUUUAAAAGGCUAUUUUCACCCAAUAAAUCUAAUCUGUGAGAUCUUUGAAAAGUCAUGUGAGAAUGUCUGGCGAACCUGGCUCUGGUUCUGGAAAAGGAGGCGGUGGUGGCGGCGCCAUCCGCGAAGCUGGUGGUUCCUUUGGCAAAAUGGAAGCUGCUAGAGAGGAUCAGUUUUUCUAUAAUCAGCAAAAAGAACAGUUGCAAAAAUUGCGCGAAGGAAUUCAUGACGAGAUCUCUUUUCACGAAGAACAAAUCAAGCGCCACCAGGAGGCAAUCAAUCGUCAUAAGAAAAGAAUUACCGACAUGGAGAAGGAGGAAUAAGCAGUUAAAACUUCAGAAUGUAAAUUUAUAAUUUUACACAGAUUUUACAGGACGGGCGAUUGUAGCAGAGUCCGCAAGGCAGCAUUUGAGCAGUGGGGAUGCAUCUACGAAAAUACCCCCUCUACUUACCACUACACGUUUAGGCGACGUAUGCAUGAGCUCGGCUCAAAUCGGUCCGCGUCGGCUAUACCCAGUUGUGGUGAGUGGUGGGGCUUGUUUGUAGCUUAAUAAGAAGAGAAGUAAUUAACCUAACAAUUUUGAUUAUUCAGAAUGAAAGAGUAACUUAAAAACUAUCAAUAGGCGUAAGAAAAUAAAAAUCGAUUUUUUCCGCAUUAGGUCCCUUCCUUCGCGGAUGGUCAUAUAUAUAUAUAUAUAUAUAUAUAUAUAUAUAUUUCUAGUGCCGCGUUUGUGUGAUCGCUUUCAGUUAUUGUUAUUAUGAUAUGCAUUUAAUCAAUUACUUUCUAUCAUAGUAUAAAAAUAAAAACUACGUUAAAUAUGAAAAUAUUUUCUGAAAGAAGUUAAUUGCAAAAGUUGCCCUUUUAUAAAUUUCGAUAACAUUACCUUCUCUUGUCUUCUCAAAGGUCGGUGAUCGAGUUUCAUUCUACAUAUUUGGCAAUUAUAACAUAAAAAUUGAAGUGUAGGAUUCUAAGUGUAUGUAUUUAACUAACAAAUUAUUUGCUUUACUUUUAAUGAUUCCAGGAUCUACUUUUACUCAAUGUCAUAAUGUUUCGUUUUAUUUUUCGCAAUUUUACUGGGUAUGGAAGCCUGUUUAACGUAAUCCAAAAAUAUGAGUCCCCGCGUCGCUCCAACAGAGCACCUUGUACCCAGAAAAUGUUUUGAUUGUUUUGAAAAAUUAGCUAAGAUGUAAUCGUUCAACGAUUGCUCGAUCCCGAUGCAAACGGAAUUAAUACAUCAUCCGACUCAUCUUUUCCCACCACACCAGAAGAAGAUGGAGAAUAAAAGUGGGGAUGAGGGGGCCCCAAAACAUAGUGGUGGCACUCGCAUGUAUGGUUUUGAGGACUUACGUCCAAAUCAGCGCCAUCUAGCGCUGCCCCCAGUCACUAAAAGUAAAUGAACCUACAGAUCCCUGACAGCAAUUGUUUCCAAAUUCUGCUUCCUCAAAAUUCCCUUCAUUAUUAAAUUUCGCUAAAUUUCUUGUAAAUAAACUUUACAAAUGAUGAAAAAUGUAUGCAUAAACAGGUUUUUAUACGCAAAAUAUUCAUUUAAAUAUUAGACGCAUAAUUUGUUGUAAUUGAAAGAAGAGAUAUCAGUUGUUACACUGAAGCGGUAAUAGUUUAUAAUUGUAAAAAUAUUAAUUUCAUUAUUUUUUCCACCAAGAAUAAUACUGAAAAUACUGUGCACAUAAUAAUUUCAUAUGAGGAGAAAUACUUGUUAGUUUUUGUACAAAUAAAAAUAAACCACGUAAAGUGGAUUUUGCUUUAUUUAGAAUGUUUAAAAUAUAUAUUUUUCUAAAUUAAAUAAAAAUAUGAUAAUGAGAUAUUUAUACAUCUAAAAAUAUUAAUACAAUUACUAAUUUUCGUUAUUAUUCUCUUAUUCAUCUCAGUGUACUAAAAUUAUUAUAUUUUUAAAUAACCACAUGGAUUUAUGUGUUUUACAUUUCAGGUUAUGUUAUGCAAUUAAGUUUUUUAUUUCCCUAACAAAUAAGUUUUUAUAAACGACUUCUUAAUUUUUCAAAAUGACAUAUAUUUAUAUCACUUGUGAGUUAUUUGUGAAUGUGUAUUUUGUGAAUGGCCCCUAAUCAAGCAAAUAGAAAAUUUAUGAAUUGUAUUGA